AAACUUUUGUGUUGCUGUUUCCAUGCGUGACAAUCCCACAAGGACAUAAAGGAGUAAUUAUGCCCUUAAGAAAACGAGACACAGCCAGGGCAAUAUGCCUCCUGGAGGACUACUGCUCCAAACUGAAGAAACCAGAGGAACAACAGCUCAAAACUGCCAUCUUAAGAGUCAUGGGCAUUUUCAAAAGCAGUCUUUUCCAGGCUCUCAUAGGAGGGGGAGUUCCUGACACCAGGGGAUGGAUGGCGAGUAGCAAUCUCUAUUUGGUCCAAGUUCCACAGCUAGAACAAUACAACUGUUCUGCUACAGUUUCUAGAGUUCCAGAAUGCACAUCAAAAUGGACGUGAGUUUAUGUGCCUCAAAUGGUGGUGGAAGCCAUGCCUCAAAUUGGAGGACUCUGGGUGAGGACUUUUGUCAGAGAGCGUUGGCUCUAAUUAC